UAAGCAGCCAUGGCAAUAGAAGGAAGAAGUCCUCCAUCUCGGCGGUUUCUGGCCGCGACGCUAAUUGCAUAUUGUGCCUUCUUCCUUAUGAUCGCUUGCUGUCGUGCCACUCCUGCUCAAGAUCGAAAGGUGUAUAUAGCAUACAUGGGCAACUGUCCAAAGACCCAAGCUUCUCUUCCCGCGCUGCACUUCGGCUUGCUUCAGCGCAUCAUUGGCAAUGCUAAGGUCGCCUCAGAUUCCUUGAUCUACAGCUACCAUCGGACCUUCAACGGCUUCGCUGCCAGACUAACGGAGGCCGAGCAUCAGAAACUUUCCGCCUAUGAAGGUGUAGUUUCUGUAUUCCCCAACAAGAUCGCGAAGCUCCACACGACGAGAUCAUGGGAUUUCAUCCGCUACCCCAAGAAUGCUUCGACAUCAACCCGCCGCCAACAGAGCAACCUGAUCAUUGGAGUGCUCGACACCGGAAUCUGGCCGGAAUCGCCUAGCUUCGACGAUUCCGGCUACGGCCCGCCUCCAAAGAAAUUCAAGGGCAGAUGCCAAUCGUCCUCGAAUUUCAGCUGCAACAAUAAGAUCAUUGGGGCCAGGUUCUACAACGUCGCAGGAGAUUACGGUCCAGGGGACAUUCCUUCGCCCCGGGAUUCCGACGGCCAUGGAAGUCACACUGCAUCCACUGCAGCAGGGAACUUUGUCACGCCGGCUAAUCUCUAUGGCAUCGCCAAUGGGACUGCCCGCGGCGGGGUCCCCGCGGCUCGAAUCGCAGUCUACAAGAUCUGCUGGGCUUUUGGAUGCUCAUAUGAUGAUAUUAUGAAAGCCUUUGAUGAUGCUUGUUCUGAUGGAAUCGACAUGGUCUCGCUCUCGGCUGGUGGUUUGGCGAUGGAGUAUUUCCGUGACCCCAUUGCUAUUGGGGCUUUCCACUGCAUGAAGAAGGGAAUUUUAACCUCCAACUCGGCUGGCAACGACGGCCCUUUUCCUGGAUCAGUCUCCAACAACUCUCCUUGGUCGCUUACUGUUGCUGCAAACACCAUUGACAGAAAGCUGACGACCAAUGUCAAGUUGGGUAAUGGCGAAAUUUAUAAUGGGACCUCUCUGAAUAGUUUUGUGUCAAAUAAAUCGAUGUCCCCUAUCAUAUACGGUGGAGACGCACCAAACAAGACAGCCGGAUACGAGGGAAAUGUGUCGAGGUAUUGCUACUCGGGUUCCUUGGAUAGAAACCUGGUGCAAGGGAAAAUUGUUUAUUGUGAGUUUGCCGGCCAGGGAGAUGGACCUAUAGAAGCUGGUGCUGCUGGCGCCAUAAUGGGAAACAAUCCACAGGGAGAUGUUGCGUUUCCUUACCUUCUUCCUGUGUCUCUCUUGAACGAAACGGAUGGAAGCAAGGUUUUGACUUACUCGAACUCAACCAGUGACCCAACUGCAGUGAUUUACAAGACAGUUGACUACCUGGAUGGCUCAUCUCCUUACGUGCUUUACUUUUCCUCGAGGGGUCCCAAUCCGAUAACCCCUGACAUUCUCAAACCGGACUUGACAGGACCUGGAGUAAACAUACUGGCAGCGUGGUCUCAAGGUACGACUAUGACAGGUCUACCUGGUGAUGAAAGGGUUGUCGCAUACAACAUCAUCUCCGGUACUUCUAUGUCUUGCCCCCAUGCAACUGGAGCAGCAGCUUAUGUUAAAUCUCUCCACCGCACUUGGUCCCCUGCUGCCAUUAAGUCAGCUCUUAUGACAACAGGUGCUCAUGUUACUAUGGAAAUCUAUCAGCAUUAAUCUCUAAAGAUAGCAAGAAACAGUUUGAAGACAAUUUGUACUAAUCUAUAUUUCCUAACAUGCAGCACGGCCCCUGAGUGCCAAGUACAAUCCCGAGGCUGAGCUAGCAUAUGGGACGGGACAAAUCGAUCCAAUCAAGGCAUCAGAUCCUGGGCUUGUAUUUGAUGCUAGGGAGAAGGAUUAUGUCAAAUUUCUCUGCGGCCUGGGCUAUUCGACCAAACGACUCCGGCUUGUCACGGGAGAUCCGAGUGCUUGUACUGCAGCUACAAAUGGAACCCUAUGGGAUCUAAACUAUCCUAGUUUUGCCAUAUCAGCAAACAGAUCAGGAGUCUCUGUGAGUAGGGUAUUUCGCAGAACCGUCACCAAUGUUGGAUCAGCGAAUGCGACCUAUAAAGCCACGGUAAUUGCACCAGCAAACCUCAGGGUCAGAGUUAGCCCAAGUGUGCUUAGUUUCAAGACUAAUGGGAAGAAAAAGUCAUUUGCUUUGACAGUCUCUACCGUGGUUGGGAAGAACACCAUCUCUGGUGUUCUUGUCUGGAGUGAUGGGAAGCAUGUAGUAAGGAGCCCUAUUGCUGCAUUUGUGUCAUCCAGUGAAUGAUCAAUAAGCUGGGGUGUUUGUUUCUCUUAAAUAUAUUUGCAGUUAUAGCAGAAUCGAAGUUGGUAAUGUACUUUGAUUCUCUACAUUGAAAUAUACUAAUCAUCUUUUUAACUCGUUUGCUGCCAGAUAUAAUAUCAUGUGUACUGUAGAU